GCUCUUCUUGCCUUGGCUCCCCGGCUCUCCGGCCGCUUUCCCUCCCUCCCCUCGGUCCCGCCCCGUCCAGCCCGGGCUGCCCGGCUCCCGCAGGCCCCCCAGCCGCCCGCGUUCCUAUGGACAGACGCACAGACACCUGCAGGAAAGACACUGCUGAUCCUGUAACAUGGAGGAUUGCCUUCAUACUUCAUCUGAGAAUCUGUCCAAAUUGGUCAGCUGGGCCCACAGCCAUGGGACCAUUUGCAGCCUCAUUCCAAACCUGAAACACUUGCUUUCGGAAGGUUCCCAUGGGAACCUCACAGCAAUGUGGGGCUGUAGUGCGGGCCAUGCUUAUCACUGGCCACUGACAGCUACUUGCAGAGCUGGGUCCCAAGAAAGGGUCUGUUUCCAGGAUAACAGAAGUUUUAACUCUGAUAGUCCCAGUAUAAUUGGAGUACCUUCUGAGACACAAACUAGCCCGGUUGAAAGGUACCCUGGGAGACCAGUGAAAGCGAAGCUAGACUGUAAUCGGACCAGAGACUCUUGUGACUUCUCUUAUUGUAGUGAGCCCUCUGAACUGGAUGAAGCUGUUGAAGAAUAUGAAGAUGAGAACACCCUGUUUGACAUGGUUUGUGAGUCUUCUGUUACAGACGAGGAUAGUGACUUUGAACCCCAAACCCAAAGGCCUCAAAGCAUUGCUCGAAAAAGGCCUGGAAUAGUCCCAUCUUCUCUCCAUUCCAGCUCCCAGGCUCAAAUGGUUGAUGAAUGCAGCAAUGAUGUCAUCAUUAAGAAAAUCAAACAAGAGAUUCCUGAAGAUUAUUACAUUGUGGCGAAUGCAGAGCUGACUGGAGGGGUAGAUGGACCAGCCCUGUCAUUGACGCAGAUGGCAAAACCCAAGCCUCAAACUCAUGCUGGUCCCUCCUGCAUAGGGUCUGCUAAGCUGAUUCCCCAUGUGACAUCUGCCAUUGGCACAGAGCUAGACCCACAUGGUGUAUCUGCAUCCCCCUCUGUCAUGUCCAGACCAAUCGUCCACAAGACUGGCAGGGUAUCUCUGGCUUCACCAAACAGAGGACCCCCUGGUGCCCAUGGCACCAACCAGCAGGUGUCCAUGCAGAUGCCUGUGAGCACAUCCCAUCCUAACAAACAGAUCAGCAUCCCUUUGUCUGCCCUGCAACUGCCUGGACAGGAUGACCAAGUUGCUUCAGAAGAGUUCCUGCCCCAUCUGCCCAGCCAGGUUUCCUCCUGUGAGGUAGCUCUUUCUCCCUCAGUUAACACAGAGCCAGAAGUGAGCUCCAGUCAGCAGCAGCCCCCAGUCGCUCCAACCAUAACCACUGAGGCCACAGCACAGUGCAUACCAGCCUAUUCUACUAAGCUCAACAAAUUUCCUGUAUUUAAUAUUAAUGAUGACUUGAAUGAUCUGUGUACCAGUGCAGUAAGCCCAAACACUACCAAAGCCACACGAUAUGCUCUGAAUGUGUGGCGAUAUUGGUGCGUGACCAACGGGCUCAAAGAUCACACGGACAUCACCAAGAUCCCUGCAGCGAAGUUGAACGAGCUGCUCGAGAAUUUUUAUGUCACCGUUAAGAAGAGUGACGGUUCUGACUUCCUGGCCACCUCGCUGCACGCCAUUCGCCGAGGCCUGGACCGCAUCCUGAAGAAUGCAGGCGUGGGCUUUUCCAUCACCAGCAGCACCUUCAGUUCUUCCACCAAGAAACUCAAGGAGAAGCUGUGGGUACUGAGUAAGGCAGGGAUGUCAGGGGCCCGUGCUCGCAAUAUUGUCUACUUCUCUCUUUCCGACGAGGAGGAGAUGUGGCAGGCAGGGUGUUUAGGUGAUGACAGUCCUGUCACUCUCCUGUCCACCGUGGUCAAGUACAACAGCCAGUACCUGAAUAUGCGGACCCUGCAGGAGCAUGCAGAUCUGAUGUAUGGUGACAUUGAGCUGCUCAAAGACCCACAAAACCAGCCCUAUUUUGCCCGGACAGACAGUGUCAAGCGGGAGAGCCGCAGUGGUGUCACAAGAGUAUGCCACGGGAAAAUCUACCAUGAGCAUUCUAGGGGACACAGACAGUGCCCUUACUGCCUCCUCUACAAGUACAUGUACACCCACCGGCCACCCACCCAAAUGGAGGCCAAGUCCCCUUUCUACCUCACGGCCCGGAAGGAGGCCACAGACAUGGGCAGCGUGUGGUAUGAGGAGCAGAGGAUGGGCCUGCGGUCUCUUCGGGGGAUUGUUCCAAACUUAGCCAAGAAGGUCAAGCUGGAAAAUUGUGAGAACUUCACCUUUGUCUCAUUUACUCAGGUCUCCAGGAGGCUUGGCUCCCACAGUUGCUGUCAGUGAGUCUUCCCUGACAAGCAAGAGCUCCCUUAGGCAACCGGGGCCAGAGCUCUGGGGUGGCAGGGAAUGACAGCAACUUCAAGGUCGGGCUGGUCUUGGUCAGGGGGACCUGCUGUUUCUUUGACUUUGGGUGUGUUUUUUUAACUGAAAGUGGAGGAGUCUGAAUAAUUAGGGUAUUUUAUCCAAAUGCGUGUCACCUUUGUUAAAUUAUAGAAUCUAACACCAUGUAUAAUUGUUCCAUAAACAAGAGUGAGGAAGUUCAUUUUAUCUAGUGCCUUUUUAGCACAGAUUUUCUUAAAAAAAAAAAAAGAAAGAAAGAAAGAAAAAAGGAGACUGUUUAAGUAGUCAUU